AUUAUUACAACAGAACCAAACAAAACAAAGCAACAGAACGGUGAAAAAAAAGCAUCUUGCUUUGGGGAUUGUUACACUGGGUUUCUUUUUCCGUGCAUUCAGCAUGGCAUGGCGAUCCGUGGGAGCCAAUAAUGAAGACCUUAUACGCCAACUGAAGGAUCACGGCGUCAUUGCAAGUGAUGCGGUGGCCCAGGCGAUGAAGGAAACCGACCGCAAGCACUACUCUCCGCGCAACCCCUACAUGGACGCCCCGCAACCCAUAGGUGGAGGUGUCACCAUCAGUGCUCCUCACAUGCAUGCCUUCGCCUUGGAGUAUCUACGUGAUCACUUGAAGCCCGGUGCACAUAUACUGGACGUGGGCUCUGGAUCUGGCUACCUAACAGCCUGCUUCUAUCGUUACAUCAAGGCUAAGGGAGUCGGUGCGGAGACCCGGAUUGUGGGCAUAGAGCACCAGGCAGAUCUGGUACGUCUGAGCAAGGCCAACUUGAACACCGACGACCGUAGCAUGCUGGACUCCGGCCAGUUGAUAAUCGUCGAGGGCGACGGCCGUAAGGGAUACCCCCCGAACGCACCGUAUAAUGCAAUCCAUGUUGGAGCAGCUGCUCCCGACACGCCCACCGAACUCAUCAACCAACUGGCCAACGGCGGACGCCUCAUAGUUCCAGUCGGCCCCGACGGCGGAUCUCAGUACAUGCAACAGUACGACAAGGACGCUGAUGGGAAGGUGCAGAUGACACGUCUUAUGGGCGUCAUGUACGUCCCCCUUACAGAUCUUCGCUCCUGACUGCACAGAGUGGGAAGGUCGCUAGUUGUGGUGCUGGUGCUGGCUUUUAUUCUAUACCACAUUUGGGCUUACUUGUUAAAUAAAUAAAAAAAAUAUAUAAUACCUGAA